AGGCUGGGAUUCAAUGGACGUUGAAUGGAUUCCACCAUUUCGCUGAUUUCAGAUUAUUCAUUCUUAUUAUUAUUAUUAUCGUGAAAUCUCCUCUGUUAUGUUAUCUUCAUUUCUUCGUUGUUAACGGCGCUUUGGCUUUUCGCAUUUCCACUGAUCCACUCCAAGUUUUCUCCUUUUCAAGCAAAAACACGAAAAUGAUCAGAAUUUCCGGCGAAAUUGUCUCCGCUUGAAGAUUUGUGUCGAGGGUUUCUCGAUUCCUGUCGAUCCGUCGUCCUUUGUUUCCUUGCUCAUUACGAUUUUGAAUCUUCUCACGCGUUCGAGGGUUCGUGUUCUGGCUGUUCCUUCUCCGCUUUGGCUGUAACCUUGGCCUUCACCCUCUUGGCAGCUUUCCGGAGAAUCAAGGAGCUUUUACGUUUUUCUAGAUCCUUCCUAUCUCCUGUACAGAAUGGGCGAUAUGGUACCCAUUUAUCUCGGUGUCGUGGCGUUUCUAUGCACUGUCGGAGCCAUUGCUUUGGCACUAUUCCACAUCUACAGGCACCUCUUGAAUUACACAGAACCCACUUUCCAGAGAUACAUUGUGCGCAUCAUCUUCAUGGUGCCGGUUUACGCCUUGAUGUCUUUCUUGUCUCUUGUCCUGCCCAGAAGCUCAAUCUACUUCAAUUCCAUCCGAGAAGUUUACGAAGCAUGGGUCAUUUAUAAUUUCCUGUCAUUGUGUUUGGCAUGGGUUGGAGGCCCAGGAGCAGUUGUAUUAAGCUUAAGUGGCCGCUCGCUGAAGCCAUCAUGGUGUCUCAUGACAUGUUGCUUCCCACCACUACCAUUGGACGGGCGUUUUAUUCGACGGUGCAAGCAAGGUUGUCUGCAGUUCGUAAUUUUAAAGCCUAUCCUAGUUGCUGUCACUCUCAUUCUUUAUGCAAAAGGGAAAUACAAGGAUGGGAAUUUUAGCCCUGAUCAAUCAUACCUCUAUAUUACCAUCAUAUAUACCAUAUCAUACACUGUCGCUCUGUAUGCGCUGGUGUUAUUUUACAUGGCAUGCAAAGAUCUGCUUCAGCCCUUCAAUCCAGUCCCAAAGUUUGUGAUAAUAAAGUCUGUUGUCUUUCUGACAUAUUGGCAGGGUGUUCUUGUUUUUCUUGCCGCUAAAUCUGGAUUGAUAAGGGAUGAAGAAGAAGCAGCUCUCUUCCAGAAUUUUAUAAUAUGUCUUGAGAUGCUAAUUGCCGCAGCGGGUCAUCUUUAUGCAUUUCCAUACAAGGAGUACGCUGGUGCCAAUGUUGGUGGGGCUCGCAGCUUCACAGGAAGCCUGGCACAUGCUGUAAAACUAAAUGACUUCUACCAUGAUACUGUUCACCAGUUUGCCCCUACGUAUCAUGAUUAUGUGCUGUAUAAUCAUAACGACGGUGACGAGGGGCCAAGGAAAUACCGGUCACGGACUUUUGUGCCGACUGGACAGGAGAUGGAUGCUGUGAGAAAGAACAAACUCAACUAUGGAAACAAGAUAGACGGUGUUACCCUCUCCAGCCUCUCCUCUUCAGGAACAAGUACGCCAAAACGUUCUAGCACGAAUUUUGAUCCAGCACGCCCUGAUUCCAUGAAAUCUUCCUUGCUUGUGGAUACCUCAGACUCUCUUGCCACGGUGUAUGACAUUGACAUGUCACUCAUUGACAUCGAUUUAUCUAGUUACCCAAACAAGGUACCCCCUGCAAAAGAAAGUGGAACUAGAUAGAAGGAAGAACAUGUAAAAGCUACCAUUAGCCGGUAUGGAUGUGCUCUCUCCCCCAUUGUUACUUGGGUUGGGAAGGAGCUAUUAGGGUUGAAGUCUUAUUCUGGAGAUGGUCGAGCGUGUGCUUUUUUAGCUGGAAGAUGUUAGUAGGAUUCAGUGAUAAAUGAGAAAUGCCUUCUAAAGCCCAUCUGCCUUGCUCUUAUAGCUGGAAUUAGAAAGCCUUGUUGUUUAUGAUGAGCCUUCCACUGGUGAUGCUUUGUAGAUAUACAAAAGGAUAAACAACUUUGAUUGCAUUUUCAUUUCGACUUGUGAAUCAUUUCGUCUCAAACCCGAGGCAUUGUUUAUA